UCUGUCACACAAACAGGAAGAGGAGACCUGCGCAUUAGGCAUCUGCCGACCGUGAUUAAAAAAAGACCCCUGACGAGCCCAUAAUCCUCCUCAUUGAGCUGCUUAAGUGACUCAAAACGCAACCACGCGCGCGAUAAGGCCUUCUGAAUAAACAAAUAAGUGCGACCCCACCCCCCACCCGUCGAAAAACUCGGGUCAAAGUGCACAGGAAGCUGGGGGGCUGCCAUCUUUAGCCGCGCUGCUAAUGCUAGCGUCCAAACGAUACAGACGCUACAACGACGGGGAGGAGCGGUCGUUUCGGGGGCAUUUAGUAGCUAGCUGUCCUCCGCAGCUCCACUGCAAAAUUGCAAACUCUGUCCUUUCUCCUCCGACCCCGCCGCUGGAUGCAUUCGGCAUGGAGAAGCUAGCGGAGCCGUCUUGGACUUCUUCCUACACCUACCAGGUGAGCAAGCACAGCGCGGAGAUGCUACACAACCUCGACGUCCAGAGGAAAGAUGGAGGCAGGUUCUGCGACGUGAUCCUGCGCGUCGGCGAGGAGAGCUUCCCCGCGCACAAGGCGGUGCUGGCAGCGUGCAGCGAGUACUUCGAGUCGGUGUUCGGCCGCCAGCCGGAGGACGGAGACGCCAGGGAGCUGGAGAUGCACACCAUCAGCCCCAAAGUUUUCAAAGACAUCUUGGACUUCGCGUACACGUCGAGGAUUGUAGUGCGGCUCGAGUGCUUCCCGGAGUUGAUGACAGCUGCCAAAUUUCUGCUGAUGCGUUCGAUCAUCGAGAUCUGCCAAGAGGUCAUCAAACAAUCCAAUGUGCAAAUCCUCGUCCCGUCAUCGCGGGGAGGAAACGCCAGCCUUUUCCAGGCCGCCGGGUCGACCGAACUGGGCUUCCCGGUGACUCAACAGCAGGAUUUGGUGAACGGGACGGCGCUCGUAGGCUUUGCUAACAAUGGACAUCAGGUGGAUGGGAGCGAAGCCGCAGCCGCCGCCGCCGCACUCCUGGAGGAAGCCGCCGAAGGAUCGAUGCCUAUCCUGCAGCCCGCCGACAGGCUGCCGGUGUCGCCCGAAACGACGACGUUGCAUCACGACGCCGUUUCGAAGAGGGGCAGGGGGCGACCCAAAAAGGCUGGCGCCUCAGAGGAGCCCGUCCAUUUCAAUCACAACGUGCAGAAAAACAUCGUGCUCUACCCUUGCGGCGCUUGCGGCAAAGCCUUUACGGAAGCCUCCCGCCUGAAGAACCACGAAGCACAACACGGAGCCAACAUCGGCGGCCGCUCGACGCCGGGCGGCCUGACUCUCAUCGGCCACGAGGAUGAGGCGCAGUACCACGGGGGAUUGAUGCUGGAUCACGGCCGCAAGCGUGAGAGGACCCGGCGGCACGUCGGCUGUGAAAUUUGCGGCAAGGUGUUCCGCGACGUGUACCAUCUGAAUCGACACAAGCUAUCCCACUCCGGGGAGAAGCCGUACGCUUGUCAUGUGUGCGGUCUGCGCUUCAAACGCAAAGACAGGAUGUCCUAUCACGUGCGUUCCCACGACGGCUCGGUGGGCAAACCGUACGUGUGCCAAAGUUGUGGCAAAGGCUUUUCCAGACCAGACCACCUGAACGGACACAUCAAACAAGUCCAUACAACAGAGAGACCCCACAAGUGCCAGAUUUGUAAUGCCUCUUUUGCUACAAGAGAUCGCCUCAGGUCACACCUCGCAUGUCACGAGGACAAAAUUCCCUGCAAAGUUUGCGGCAAGUUCCUCCGAGCGGCCUACAUGACGGACCACCUCAAGAAACAUAGCGAAGGAACACACAACUACUGCGGCAUUUGCAACAAAGGUUUCUCCACUGCCUCUUACCUUAAGGUGCAUACAAAGACACACCAUGGCUCGUCACUGCCACCUUCUGCCGCAUUGCACACCUUCCCUGAGCCAAGCAGGGAACUUCAGAUGCACAACGGCGCUCAUUACCACAUGGGACGUCAGUGCUCAGUGGAAGACACCAGUCAUCAGCUUGUCCUCUCCUCGCCCGAGGCAGGGGCUCGCUUUCAUGGUCUCUCUGGACAUCAAGUUCUCCCCCAGCCCGGCCCUCCAGCCUUGGGCCCGCAGUCUGAGCUGCUUGUAGGGAAGCCAGGCGGGACUCCGUAUUUCUGGGAGUGUCGCUCUGGUGGGGUGCCCACUUUCCCCAUCCAUGGGCCUGCUGCAGACGGGCAGGAAAACGAUGGAAAAUGUCCUCACCUAGACUCGGAAGAAUCGGAUCCGUCAUUUGGUGAACUGUCCAACUGUGAGGACAUGAAAUCACCACACAAAUCAGACAGGCCCGAGCUGGAGAUUCCCUCGCUGGCCUGCAACGGAACCUCCGCGGGGGCCCUGGGCUCUCCGGAAGGCCCCAAGGCCAAGACGGACCCCGAGAAGAAAUUCAACUGCGGCAUUUGCGGUCAGGCCUUCCGGACCAAGUCCUACCUCAGGAAACACCAGCACAGAGUACACAAAACCCCCAGAUCCCAAGCGGGGUCCGCGUCGGGUUUGAGCGAGCUGGCCCCCUUCUCGCCUCAGCAGAGCAUGUCCCUGCUGGAGUCGUUCGGCUUCCAGAUAGUCCAGUCGGCCUUCGCCUCUUCGCUGGUGGACGCAGACGUGGGUCAGAGCGGGGUGGACUUUGGGGGGAAGUGACCCCCUCCCGCAACGCUUGGCUUCUGAUGCUCUCAUCCAGGCCCCGCCGAAGUUGCUCCAUGUUUGACAAUAACUUUGCCUCAAGACUACUUCUCUUGCUUACUGUGUAUAUUUUUGCCAGACUGCCAUAUGAUUCCUACUUUUUCUACUUUUUCAGAGGAUGGAAAGCGCAUAUACGGUGACAUGAAGGUGAUCUCUCCUUUGUAUCGUUCGAUGAGAAACUUUCAGUUGCUUUGAUGGUUCAUUGACCUUUCUUAGCCGCACGCGUUUCUGGACGUGAUGAAUCAUUAGAUGCUCGCUCUUUCGACUUCAGAGCAGAGGGCGGCGCUUCAGUUGCGUAUUUAUUUUGCUCUAUUUUCCGUGACGUGUGUGUGUGUGUGUGGGGGGGGGGGGGGUUCAAUCAGUGGCAGAUUCAAGUCUUGGAAUCUGUUCAAUGCAAGCUAACAAACACAUCCUCGUUCGCUUUUUGUCAUAAAAAGAAAGUCAAACACCGACAGAAGACGAAAGUUAAAAGGCACUUUUUAGUUUGCGUUUGACAUUUGCGUUUCAAUCAGAACUUUUGUCCAAACAGAUCAAGAAUGAGGUUGUAGAGGAAGAACAUUGUGUUUCUUGUUCAUAGCUGAAUGGGCGAUGGGCUCUUAUGACAGCGGCGAGUCAGUCAUCAGCGAGCAAAAAAAAAAAAAAGGAAAAUAUGGAAAAAAAACAAACACCCCAUGAGCCAUCGGCAGUUAUGUUCCCCGAACAACGGUCCCGAAAUCUUUUGUGUUCCAUCCUUGCGUGUUCACUGAAAGGGGGGUUGGGGGCAAGGUCAGGUAGAUUAUCGUUGAUAUAUUUUAUUAAAUGUAGAUUCUAUUUUAUUAACUUAUUUAUGCCCUUUGCUUUUGGGUGUCGUUUUGUUUCUUUACGUUGCGUAAAUGUAUUGAUUUGACAAUUUUGAAACUCGUGUAAAGUUACGUUUUCAGGAGAUCGUGCGAGUGUUAGUACGUGCGUGUUAACGGUUUGUGAUCGGGCAGCAUCCGGACCAAUCCCAAAAAAGUGAGCCGUCUUCUUCUGCGUCUUUGCAUCCGAAACAUUCCUCUGAAACUCGAGUGAGAGGUUUCUGCUGUAUCGUCCGACGGAAGCUUGCCGAAGAAACACGACGGGAAGGAUGAACAAUUUCCUCAUACGACAAGGCGCAUCGUUUCGAGUCAGAUUUCGGUUUUCUGUUCGUCUGCAUCGACCAACGUGUUUGUCUCACCAAGUGAAGUGCGCGUGUUCCGUCUCCUACUUUUGUGUGUGUUUGUUUUGAUUAGAGAGUGACUGUGUUUCUAUAUUAUUUAUGAUUAUCUAGUGAAUUGUAACAAGUGUAUAUACCAUCCAUAUGCACAUUCUAUAAAUAUAUAUAAAUAUCGAAGCAACCAAUGAGGUUUGUUACUGGUGGACCUGUACAUAAGCGAGCUUGUUUUUGAUUUUGCCCAUUGUCCCGUUGUUGUGCUCGAUGCUUGUUAAGUUAUGUUGCGUUUCAUCUUUGGCUGAGUGUCAAUCAACUACGUGCGAGCUCAAUGGUCGCCCGCACGGCACUUUUUAUUUGUUCUUUUGUUGUGAUCCGUUCUGCCACGAAAGGCGCGUGUUGUUAUUUGAAAGACAAAAGUGAAUUUGCUUCACUCCCAUUGGUACUUCAUUGUAAAAGAUGUUUUGGUUUUUCCCCUUCGCCCCCGAAACGUUUGGCUUUCUUCGUUCAGUCUGUUGCAAAGUGCCUUCCACAUACUGAUUGUGCACGGCAGUGGAUUUAAAGGUUGUCUUUCGGUGAAUUGUACCGUGACUUACAUUGAAACUUUUUUUUAAAAAUUAAACUCACAGAAAAUGUACAGUAUCUCAACGUGGUAUUCCUAUAUCGUCAUACGAAACAAAACACAUACAAAAAAAAGCUUUUAAAACAUGUGCGCUACAUGUUUUGUUAUAACGUCUUUGGACAUAUUUCAGUAUAAGCAGCAUACUUUUCUACUAUAUAAAUCUUUGUUUUUGUACUCUGUUAUUGAGUCUCUCUCGUUGGCAGAGAGACGAGGAUCCAAUAAAUUUCAAUGGAAAAGCCCUUGACAGCUGCACUGUUAUUGCUUUCUCCUUCUAUAAUCCCACAAGUGGACCAUUAUAACGCCGAACCGCUUGACUGAUUGAUUAUAUGAUUUAGUUUGUCUCCAACACGUUACAGGAGCUUCACACGUCGUGUGCCACGGAUCUCACUCGCUACAUACAUUAAAUAAUAAACGGUUGCAGAUCACACAACAUCACACCAUGGAUAUGUUUCUAACAAACAAGCAAGCUAGACGCAUUUUAUACUUGAAAGGGUUUUAGAAUGCACUUUGUACAAAACCAAUUGAUGCAAAGCUAUUUUGAUUGAUUUUUUUUUUGAGGGGGGGUCUCUUACUGUCUCUAUUUUAUUUUUGUACAUUUCCCCCUGUGAUUUCUCUUCUGUCCUACACACCCCUUUCCAAUGAAGUUGGGAUGUUGUGUUAAAUAAUAACAUUCCAUUAUUUGAAAAUCAUGUUCAGACUUUAUUCAAUUGAAUGCACUGCAAAGACAUUUAAUGUUCAAGUCACAUUUAUUUAUGUAGCCCUUAUUUACAAACAGGGCGGAAAGGUGGUCGACUGUUUUGCAUGUCAGCCUCGCAGUGCAGAGGUGCGUAGUUGGAUUCCGCCCUAUGGCCUUCUUGUGUGGAGUUGGCAUGUUCUCCCCGUGCCUCUUCACUAUUUGCUCAAAACAAUAAAGUUUGUCCGUUUGACCAUGAAAUA